CUGCUUUCUAACGGAUAUAACGUUUUGUUAAUAGAGCAUAUUGAAAUGCGGUUUUUAUCCGAUUUGUUACUUAUGUAAUAUGACUGCUGGUACUGGAGAUCUUGAAUUUGAAAACGCACAUAGAGACGAGGCUAUUGAUCUGCAUUCUCGAGAUCGGAAUUUUUAUGAGGGGUAUGCCGCUCAAAAGAAUCAUUACUGCCGCGAAGCCGACUAUUCUUUCCCUGACAAGCUGAAACAUAAAACACGUGAACAGACAGAAGAAUCAAUCACCCAACAAGUUCAUCAGCUGAGCGUUGAAGAUACAGUGAAAGGUCAAAGGCAAUCAAAAAUCAUGAGCAGCAGAGUGGGAAUACCUCCAAUGGGUUAUUACCCAUACGAUCAUCAUCAGUUUAGUUCAGACCAAACUUACAGAUCUAACACGGCACACCAACUUCCCUAUUCAGUUUCCUUUUCACCGGAAACGUUUUCUUUUAAACGACAAUCUGCAGUAGAAAGACGGGACUUACACCCUGAAGUUACAAGCAGAAACGAUUAUGCAGGAGAAAACAGAAAUAGCACAGAAGAAGAAUAUAACGAAUCGGGUGGUCAACGAAAAUACACUUAUAUAGGUGAUACUACUGAAAACAAUGCUCACAAUAAAAAUGGCCUCCCCGGUUAUCGUGGUGCUUACCCAGAUAGCAAUAGAUAUGCUAGGGGAGUUUCGACAAAUCACGGACCUAGUCCAGGAGCAGAAGUAAUGGAUACCAAUAUGAGUUGCCUUCUUUCGUCUUCUGAACGGUACAUGACCGAUUCUUACGGGAAAGAAAGUUCAGAAACCGUUAAUAAUGUAGCGUUGCUGGAGGCGAGUGUAUCAAAACCACUAUCUCCAUUUAACGCUCAAUUUUCGCUUUCAAACAAAAAUAAUAACAACCAUGCAAUUGAUGAUAAUAAUAUGCACACAUCCUCUCCUCAAUCACACUCGGAAGUGACAUCACCAGAGCUUAUGGCGUCACCUAAAAUAUCAUCACGUGAAGGUGGGGCACGACCUGUUCGAAAAAAUCCAAACGUAGCGUCUGUUCAAGCAAGACUGGAAAUGAAGUCGCUUUGGGAUGAAUUCAAUGAUCUUGGAACAGAAAUGAUUGUCACUAAAGCUGGAAGGAGAAUGUUUCCAACAUUUCAAGUGAAAUUGUUUGGAAUGGACACAAUGUCAGAAUACAUACUCAUGAUGGAUUUUGCAAGUGUUGAUGAUAAAAGAUAUAGAUAUGCUUUCCAUAGUUCGAGUUGGUUGGUUGCUGGUAAAGCUGAUCCUGCGAUGCCUCCUCGAAUUCACGUUCAUCCCGAUUCUCCCGCAAAAGGAUCACAUUGGAUGAAGCAAAUUGUUUCUUUCGAUAAACUCAAAUUAACUAAUAAUUUAUUGGAUGACAACGGACAUAUAAUACUCAACUCAAUGCAUCGGUUUCAACCACGUUUUCAUGUAGUAUUGGUAGACGAUGGGAAGGACAGUGUGCAACGUGCAGAUGAGAACUUCAAAACUUUCGUGUUUGAUGAAACAAAGUUUACAGCUGUAACUGCAUACCAAAACCACAGAAUUACACAACUCAAGAUUGCUAGCAAUCCAUUUGCUAAAGGCUUCCGCGAAUGUGAUCCAGAAGAAUUUGCCCUCGAGAUGCUGGGGAAUUACCCCUUGGGAGGGGUGCGGCAACGGAGUCAUCACAGGCCGAGCUCUCUACAACUCAUGGGAGUGGCAGCAAGGCAGAGACAGUUGAGAGAAGCCGAAUCUGGAAGAGAUCGUUCGCCGUCACCAGGUAGUGAAGCUCAUUCUCGAGGUUCUCACUCUCCGUCUGGUCAUCAAGGCACUACAGCAGGUGCCUCGAGUAGCGUCAUCAGCCCAAACAAUUCAGUAGCGAGUGGGGCAACAGGGGAUAAUCAGAACUCUAUGAGCAUUGAUGGAACUCAUCUCGCAGCAUCACACCCAUUAAACAACGGUUUCGGAUCACCUCAUCACGGAAUAUCACCAUACUACAGCGGAACUGCAACAUUUGGCGUCAAUACUGGUGAUGACGCAAGGGGCUUGCUCGGCCCCCCGGGACAUCCUCAUUUUCACCAGCAGCCGCCUCAUUACCCUGGGACAAUGGGUUUCGACGACAGUCGGGCAGCGGGGUAUAAAUACCAUCACCCGACCUCCCACGCUCAUUACGGUGGAUAUUUCCCAUCCCCUCAUCCGAGAACCACGCCAUACCCUCUCCCUCACAUGAGAACUUCCUAUGAACAUGCAGCAGAAAUGUCGCAUUCUGGUUUUUAUCCAGAGUAUCCUAAUAUUACUUCGUAUGCAUUUGAUCGCUGAAAAAAUUAUGAGAUUCAAAUUUAAAGUGUGAAUCUGUUCCUCGCAUGUGAUAUUUAUUCUUUUGAAUGAAAUUGAAAUGUCCGAAUCAUGCCAAACAAGCCAAGUAGUGCCUUUAUAGAAAAGACUUACUUCUUCAAGUUAAAUAUUAUUUGUAAAAAAAUAAACAAUUUGCGUUUGUAUUGGUUGAUAUAUACACAAAGAAGUGGUGUAAAAUAUUUAGGAAAUUGGUUGACAGAUGCAGGCCUACAUUAUUACUACAACGCACACAAUCUUAGAACCAGACUCCGCAUCCCAACCGUUUUUUUUUUCACACAUACUUUCAUGUCAAGCCACGUUCUGCGAGAACCCGAUUUUCAUAUCAUAUCUCAACAUAAGUUACAUACCU